UUUAAGCAUUCUGUUCUACCAAGCCUAGAUGAAGUCUUUUUUUGUGCUGGAGCUCUGUCAAAUUCUAUUCUCGGCGGCAUUUGGAGAGGCUUGCCCACGUGCAACAAGUCAGGGAGGGGUGGGUGCAGUGCAUGCCAUUUCCCGUUUCAACUUUGCACGUCUGCAUCUCCUCUGCUGCUUUGCAACUUCAUUCCUUACCCAGCCUGACAGGAAAACUUCAGGCGUGAUAAACCGUCUCUCGCUGUUCCUGCUCCUCCCCACGAUCCCCACCCCUAGGUUGGGAUGAGAAUUCCUUCUUGCUAUCCAGAGAUAGAUCUCAAUGGCCGCCAGGCUUUUGCGAGCGGUUGUCUUGGGACCCCCCGGCUCUGGCAAAGGGACGGUGUGCGAGAGGAUCGCCAAGAGCUUUGGCCUCCAGCAUCUUUCCAGCGGGCAGUUCUUAAGGGAGAAUAUCAAGGCAAACACUGAUGUUGGUAUAUUGGCAAAGCAGUAUCUGGAGAGUGGCCAUUUGGUGCCAGAUCAUGUAUUCACACGUGUCAUGAUGACAGAACUGGACAAAAUGCAGACCCAGCCUUGGAUACUUGAUGGUUUUCCUAGAACCCUGGGUCAAGCUGAAGCACUUGACAGAAUAUGUGAACUAGAUCUGGUGAUAAACUUGAACAUCCCCUUUGAGACACUAAAAGACCGCCUAAGUGCUCGUUGGAUUCAUCCAGCUAGUGGACGAGUGUAUAAUAUGGAAUUUAACCCACCUCGUGUUCAUGGGAUGGACGACAUUACAGGAGAGCCUUUAAUUCAGCAGGAAGAUGAUAAACCUGAGGCUGUAGCUGUCAAGCUAAGGAAAUACAAAGAUGCUGCAAAGCCUGUAAUGGAACUGUACAAGAACCGAGGGAUCCUACACUCAUUCUCCGGGACAGAGACCAACAAAAUCUGGCCUUAUGUAUAUUCUUUAGUGUCCAGCAAGAUUCCCCCAAUCCAGGCAGAGGAAGUAAAUUAAUCAUUUCUGGACCAGGAAAAAGAGGGAACAACUAUUUCGUUUACAGAAGUGUGUGCUGCACCUGUGCUCUAUUCCCUCCCACUUUUUUCUUUAGGAAAAUGGCUGUUCUUCCUGAAGAAAUGGCUGUGGGUGUACAGCUAUAACACUUUGAAAAAAUGAUGUGUAUGGAAUCAGUUCCCAAACUAUGAAGUAUUUGUGCAUUCCUCCAUAUUACCUUAGAUGGUUAGUCAGAGACAGAUCUAUCGUAAGCAGAUAUAUAGAACCUUUGGGUUCAUUUCAGCCAGUACCUGUGGCUCUACAUAUUAAAUAUGCCAUUCCUUGAAUGUUUGAAAAAGGCUUUCUUUGAUCUAAACCAGGGGUAGGGAACCUGCGGCUCAAGAGCCGCACGCGGCUCUUCUGCCCUUGCACUGUGGCUCCACGAGCCGAGCCACCGCCCCCAUCCUUGCCCACCCUGCAGGCAGCA